CUCCUUUUUGAUUUGUGUCCUCUCUUUGGAGAAGCGAGCUUGAUUCUUAUCCAUCAUGGUGGCCACAGAAUUCACAACCUUCUUCUCUAACGUAUCUGACGACUACGGCUACCACUCCAUGUCUACCACGGAUGAUGACUUUGAGAACCCUUUCUGUGAGAAAAGCCACGUCAGGCGGUUUGCGAGCUACUUCCUCCCCCCCUUGUACUGGCUUGUGUUCAUCGUGGGCGCCGUGGGCAACAGUCUGGUCAUCCUUGUCUACUGGUACUGCACACGGGUCAAGACCAUGACCGACAUGUUCCUCUUGAAUCUGGCAAUCGCCGACCUUCUCUUUCUCAUCACCCUUCCCUUCUGGGCCAUCGCCGCUGCCGACCAGUGGCGGUUCCAGCCCUUCCUGUGCAAUGUGGUCAACAGCUUGUACAAGAUGAACUUCUACAGCUGCGUGCUGUUGAUCAUGUGCAUCAGCGUGGACCGGUACAUCGCCAUCGCUCAGGCCAUGAGAGCCCAGACCUGGAGGCAGAAAAGGCUCCUGUACAGCAAAAUGAUUUGCCUCACCGUCUGGAUAGUGGCAGCCAUGCUCUGCAUCCCAGAAAUCCUGUACAGUCAACUCAGGAAGCAAUUGGACAUUACCAUCUGCACCAUGGUUUACCCCAGCGACCAGAGCACCAGAGUGAAGUCCACGGUCUUGACCCUGAAGGUCCUCCUGGGCUUCUUCCUCCCUUUCGUGGUCAUGGCGUGCUGUUACACCAUCAUCAUUCACACUCUGUUACAAGCCAGGAAGUCCUCCAAGCACAAGGCCCUGAAGGUGACCAUUACAGUCCUUACGGUCUUUGUCCUGUCUCAGUUCCCCUACAACUGCAUUCUGUUGGUGCAGACCAUCGAUGCCUACACCAUGUUCAUUUCCGACUGUGCCAUUUCCAUCAACAUUGACAUCUGCUUCCAGGUCACUCAAACCAUCGCCUUCUUCCACAGUUGCCUGAACCCCGUCCUCUACGUCUUUGUGGGUGAGAGAUUCCGCCGGGAUCUCAUAAAGACCCUGAAGAACUUGGGUUGCAUCAGCCAGGCACAGUGGGUCUCAUUCACGAGGAGAGAGGGAAGUGUGAAGCUAUCAUCCAUGCUGCUGGAGACGACCUCUGGUGCUCUCUCCUACUGA